UAGAGUCCCUCUAGGAAGCAAGAGUCUCUCGCUCUUCACGAUUCAGGCUUCGUAGUUCAUAUCUAUAGAAGAAACGAAACCCGCCCGAUAAUUGAAGGAUACGAGGAGAGUAUCAUCGCAAUGGCCGAAAGCCCUUCUGCUAAGAGAUGGCUUCCUCUUGAAGCUAACCCUGAAAUUAUGAACCAGUUCCUAUGGGGCCUGGGGCUUCGAGAGGACGAGGCAGAAUGCUACGAUGUGUAUGGUUUGGAUGAAGAACUCUUGGAAAUGGUUCCAAAACCAGUACUAGCCCUGCUGUUUCUUUAUCCCCUUACACAUCAGAGCGAAGAAGAAAGAGUACUGCAAGACAGUGUAAAGAAGGAGUACGACGAUCAAGUUUAUUUCAUGAAACAGACAGUUGGAAAUGCUUGUGGGACAAUAGGACUUCUUCAUGCUGUUGGGAACAUCACUUCUGAGAUAAAACUAGUUGAAGGAUCUUUCCUGGACCGAUUCUUCAAAUCUACUGCAGGCAUGGAUCCAAUGGAGCGUGCUGCUUUCCUUGAAAAGGAUAGGGAAAUGGAAGCAGCUCACUCAGUAGCUGCUAGUGCUGGUGAGACCGAGGCUUCAGAAAACGUGGACACCCAUUUUAUCUGCUUCACAUGUGUGGAUGGUCAACUUUACGAGCUGGAUGGAAGGCGGUCAGCACCAAUAUCUCAUGGCCCCUCCUCACCGACCACCCAAUUGCAGGACGCGGCUAAAGUGAUACAAGGAAUAAUCCAGAAAAAUCCAGACUCGCUCAACUUCAACGUCAUUGCUCUCUCCAAGAAGACCACAUGAGUCAAAUCAUAUUGAUGGCAAUGGGGCGUAGAUGCUACCUAGUAUAAUCACUGCAUGACCCUUUCCUUGCCUUGCCUUUGAAUUUAAUCAUCAUCUUUGAAUAUUAUAAAAUAUUAUUAUUUAAUGUGGCCGGAGCCAUCUUUCUUUCC